AUGGCGGCAAGAGGCCAUGUUGACAUGAUGGACGUGGUGUCUAGAACACAAGACACAAGCGACUACGCGGACCUGCUACAAACAAAUCACAGCGACGCGUUCGCGUUUUCCGAGGCGGAGAAGCUAGCCCUACAGCUCUACGAUCAGCUCAAGGAACUUGAGUUGCAGCACAGUCUUAUUGAAGCACAACAAUCAGGCACGUCUCACAACUGGUAUGCCGACGCACAUGACGCUUCAGCAACCCCAGAUGACCUGCUGGAGGGGCGCCUGACUGUAGCGCAGCGCGAAGCUAUGGACGCGAGGGCAGAGUAUGAGAUAAGGAACAAAAUCACACACAACGUGCUAGUAAUGGAUCCUGUCCUGAAAGCCGUUUAUGAGGGCGAGCAGACUGGGUUUGCAGAGAAACGCAUACUGCCGCUGGUCACCGAGAAUGAUACUGUUUUUAUGAUGCAUGGUGCUCUGACGUCGAGGCUUGCUCACACAACUCGGUCGCAGAGCACAGCCGAACACAGCAACAUGACGGAAAACCAAAGACAUGAAGAACUCGCAAAAACGAUGCUUGCUCUAGCUGAAGAGAUGAAGACGCAGUCGGCGCAUGACAUUGAAGACGCACAAUUACGCCAACGGGUCGAUGCAGUCGACAAGGAGCUCAAGGACUCAAGGCGAAGGGCGAAGACGCUGAAGGGUAUAUUGUCGGCCAUGAUAGUAGGUAGCGGGAUCAAUUGGGCUGCAGACGAGGGCCUGACCGAGCUCGUCAUGGAGGAUGAAGACGAUUGA